CUCGUGAUUUGUAUCUCUAGACUCCUAGCCGGUUUACGCCGCUACGCCAUUGCGGAGGCAGCGGUGUUUGUCAGGCACUCAGGCCGGCAGGCACCGGCAGGUCCGCAGGCGCACCGACGCCACGCACCGCACGGCGCGCGCCUCGACUGGCCAACCAACCAACCCGACGCACCGUCGCCAUCAUCCAAACAGUGAAAGCUUCACUGAGAAAACCUGCAGCGCCGCACGAGCCGGGUCCCCCUCUGACUCGUCGCUUUCCUCUCUCCCGCCUCGUCACCCCCUCAGCACCGCGACGCGGGAAACCGAGCCGGGCAAAGGCGAGCGAGCGCCCUCGCUUUGCCUUCGAGCGAGAUGGCGGCCGCCGGCGCGCCCUUCUCCAUCCGGGAGUACGCGGCGCGGGCGCGGGCGCGGGCGGGGACCGAGGGCGGGAGCUGGCCGUUCGGCGGGGAGGAGGGGGCGCUGCCGCCGAUGGAGGUGCAGCGGUUCAGGUGGUGGGCAGACGAGGCUUUGGCGGUGGAGGAGGAGGAGCGGGAAGUGGAAAGGAGGAUGGCGGCCAAGCGGCGGAAGCGGUCCGUUGCCGAGCUCUUCGCCGCCGUACCGCGAGUGGCCGGAGGCCAGCGGGAUUGGGGCAGGAGAAGGCUUCAGGCGAAGCAGAGAGAGAAGGGGAAGCUAGUGCUCGGGGUCGGGGUGAAGGCGAGCAAGGGAUUCGAGCAGAAGAAGGUCGCGACCGGGAUCGAUGUGAGAAAAAAAGAGACAAGCCACGGGGUAAAAGCCGCCUCAAUUAGCAUUUCCCAGCUGUUUCAAGAUUCCAUAAUAAAGAGGAAGCUCAAGAAAUCUCUUAGCAAGAAAAAGAGAAUUCAAGGUGUCUCACUUUUACUGGACAAAAAGAGCAAAAAGGGAAACAAAAGGUCGGUUUUGGACAGCCAGAAGAAGGCUAUAACAAACAGUGUUCAAGCUCAAAGCAUUCUUAAGAAGCAGUCAAAAGCAGGGUUCAGCACAUUACUGAAUAACACAGAUGUUAGGUGUAAAUUUAAUCCUUCUUGCAAACCAAAGCAUGUUACCUUUUCCGAUGAUGGAUGGACCGCGCCUCUACCUGAAGAUAAUACGGAGCAACCACAAUUGGUACAAACAUCCCAGCAACCCUCUCACGAAUGUCACGAUCACCACAAUACAGAUGAGCCACAGUUGGUUUAUCAACAAGCAGAUGCUAUAUCAGUGGCUGUUGAUGAGGAUACCAGCUCGUUAUCUGAAAUUGUAGUACCAACUGGUGUUUGCCGUACUGUUCCACUUGCCAAACCAAAAGAUAGGACUAUACUGGGCAAUUCAGUGGAUCUGAAUCAUCGCAUUGGAAUCUCUAAUAGAAGUAACUGUUUGAACUCCAUUGGUUUGGCAUGCUUAUCUAAUAAGGUGCCCACUCAAAACUUCGAUGGUGUGGACUCUCAUCUGGCCGAUAACGAAUGCUUAAAUCUUGAUGUUGAGUGUCUUGUAGAAGAAAACCAGAUGAUACCACAACGAUCUUCUAAUCUUGUUAGUUUGGCAGUCAAGGCAAUAUCAGGUGAUAUUAAUAGGAGUCCAUUGUCACAACCUUCCAGUUCUUGUUUAAAUGAUAGGAGCAGAAGCAUGCUGCAGGGGAGGCUUGUUGCUAAUUGCCACUUUGACAAAGUUCGUGCUAAGCUUCUUAGAACUUGUAAUGGCGUGGUGAACAGCAUAAGCUCCUCAACAGGAUCAAACAAAUCAGCAGAUGCGCAAGCUGCGGAUUGCGUAUCUGCAUGCAGGAACACAUACUUCAGUGAUAACUAUGUCGGGCUUCCUCUUAAUUCACGUGGUGAAUUUAUCAAGGUUCAUCCUGGUGGCACCCCUAAUUCUAUCGACAUUUUUAAGAGGCAGUGUUUGGGGGAGAAUUCUUCGUGUCCUUCAGCUCUUCCAACUUUUUUCACUCCUAGGACCUGCACGGAUCAUGUCAAUUUGAGAACCAACCAUCACGUGCCACAAAUUUAUACAGCAGAUCAGUUUGUAUUUCACCCAGAUCCUCAUUAUGCUCCCACAGCGCCAACAGCAUAUGGGAUGGAUUUCAGACAGUUGUCAAGUUCUGAAAGAAUGAAAACUCAUAACUAUCCAAUUCUGAGCAACAGGUAUCCAUGCAACAACCAACAAGAGUUUUCAGUGGAAUAUUUUUGCACUGGAUGCAUGGGGCAUCAUAAUCCACAGCAGAAGCUACUUGGGAUGCAAAGCUGCUAUUUAAGCCUGAAUUGUGAGCAAAACACCCAACCCACUGACGAAACAACUAUGCGCCUUAUGGGCAAAACAGUUACUCUUGGAACCAGUGGCAUACAAUGCAGAGGUCUGAAUAAUGAAACUCCAUGUUCCAGUAAACAAAGCCUAGCUGAAGAUCAUUCCUUUCAGGGAGCGUGUACAAAAGCUUUUCCUCGGUUGUUUCAAGGAGGGCUGGUUGAUCCCUCUUCUGCAUUUAGGAUUUCAGACAGUGAGAGACAACCAUCUGAAAAGCCAUCAUAUUUUUCUUUUGUUCCAGCAGCUGAGCUAAGGUCUGGGCUUGAUACCGAUAGUUUCAGAACAAGUGGUCACAACCAGCAACCUGAACUAGCAGCACCAAAUAAUCUGUAUGUCCAACCAGUGAGCUGUUGCAAUAAAGGUGGGCUAGGGCAUCAGCAGCCAUUUAUGGCAAAUCAAGUUCAGAGUAGCGCUGAAGACAUGCUGUUUGGUUCUAUGCACUGCAGACAGUCUCAAAGUGCUGCAGCAGUGUCAUCUUUUAAUAGAAUGAACAGCGCCAGAAACUUUGUGGAAAAAAGUCCGGCACCAUAUCAUUCCAGUUGUCUUACCCAACAGCUUAGCAACAUGACACAGAGGACACCAAUAUCCUCUUUUCCGUCAGGUUAUGCUGUUCAAAGUACUCCUGGUUUAACAACUCAAACAAAGUUUACCUCCCUCCCACCAUUGCCCCCUUCAGUGAUCUCUUCCCAUUGUCGCAGUGCUGACUAUGCGCAGCCUCAUGGAUCUAGUCCUACCUUUUUCCCAUCAAUUCCCCUGCCCUAUCCAAUGAACAAAUCUAAUGCUCCUGGCGAUGCAAUCUUCAAAGAUGAGAGCAUGAAAUGGAGUUCGAUAGGAUCAAAGCUUGAGGGAUUCAAACAUAUGAAGAGAAGCUGCAAAAGACCAGCAGAAAAGGAUGAUGUGUUCUUGACAUUACCAAAGAAACAUUGCAUAGCAGUUCAGAAGGACCUAAGUCUGUUUCCAAUCCCAGAAAAGGGGCUGGAAUUCUGUGGACCCGGACCAAAUGCACGGCUUCUUGAUAUGCCUGUUGGCUUCGGCAGCGAACCUGAAGCGGAUCUUCGACUCGGAAACAAAGAUGCACAUUCCACAUGGUCAGAUCCUGUCAACAUGGUGAGACCUGUUAAGUUGAAAUCUGGAGCAAGGCAUGUACUUCAGCCAAGUGCUAGCAGCAUGGGGCAAGAAAACUCAGGGCCCGUUCAUUCAGUUACACGAUUUGCAGCGGAGAAUGAUGCUUGUACAGUGUGCACAUCUAAGACGCGAGACACAGAAAUCUACAAAUUCUAACCAGUCCUGGUUGUAAGUGAAAGUACCUGUAUUCCUUUUUUAGGUAAUGCACGAUCCCUAUUUUUUGCAUUUAGGCCUUGUUGUUCUGAAUUUAUCCAGAUGCUCUAUUUUUUGCAUAAAAGUACCUCUAAAAUUUGAAUUUUACAUCUAUUUUAGCAAUUAUGCAAUA